UUUUGUUUAUUUACCUUUGACCUGAAUAAACAUCAACAAUGACCCGAAAUGGCGACAGAUGAAGAGAUUAUAUUUGAGGAUCACCUGUACAAGUUAUCAGGAAAUAAGGGAAAAGGAUUUUGGCCAAAGAGUAACCCAUGGAAGCAGAAAUAUUUCAUUCUAAAAAGAAUAGGAGAUAAGCCAGUUCUUGAAUAUUACAGCAAGAAACCUAAGAAUAGAAAUUCAAGUUCUUCUAAAGAUAAAGUUGUAUUAUGGCCAAGCUACAGAUUAGAGAAAGUAACCAAUACUCGAAACAGAGCCUAUGUGUUCGAGCUGACAACACAAGACAAAUAUCUGUGCUUAUCAGCAGACGAGCAGAGACCCAUGGACAUAUUUGUCUUCCUUCUCCAGAGUCAAAUGCAACUGAAGAAAGAAAUCAAAGAUGAUAUGAUCAUUGUUCAGCCAGAAAACUCAGAAUCUCAGAGAAGAAUUGGUGCAAAAGGAACCAAUUGUAUUCUACAUAUAGCACCAUGGGGAAUAACUCUAGCUUUACAAAGUACCAGAUCUGUACUGGCUCAGUGGCCACUGAAGAGUGUGCGGUAUUUUGAGGCCAGUGGUCAGGGCAAGUUUAUGUUGGAGGCGGGGAGAGUGGCUCCAAUGGGGGAUGGCAUGUACGUCUUCCAGACUCAGAAAGGCAAAGAUAACUAUAUAUAUGACCUCUUGGAUCAACACAUAGUGAAUGCUCUUAGCAAGACACAGCCUGGACGCAGAGGGACAACAGAGGAGAUGGAGGAUUACAUUGUGGAGUCAGAGAAGUUAUCUGCACUUACCACGAUUUCCACAUUACCCAUGAGUCAACCUGAGCUUCCCAUGAUCCUCCAGGAGAACUGGAACUUCACAGUCACAAAUGCUGGAAUUCCCAAACCUAAACCAGUUGUUCAUGUCAGACAAAACAGCCAAAUGUCAGACACAGGUAGACCGCCUCCACUUCCAAGCAGAUUUCCAUCACAGUCCCCAUCCACGAACACAAACCAGCAAAGAUCACCUGCUCAAGUAGUCAAUCAUAGUUUUCAGAAUGGUGUAUCAGACUCUUUGGUGGAUCGACCACCUAUGCCACCACCAUCAUCAGCCCAUUCAUCGAAAAGAUCUACUGACCGUGACUCCCAGACCAAACCCCUUACCAUACCAGCUGGAGAUGCAAGAGUCAGUCAAGCAUACUUUCGGAUGAAUUCCAGCUCCAGUGGUGGUGUACCUAACAGCAUUUCGUCUCAGUUUUCUCCUGUUGGGAAUUGGACCCCACCUCCAACAUUUCAGGAGGCUACAGCUUAUAGUCCUAUGGACAGAACUGCAACAUUGCCUUCACAAGGUGGGUAUCUUACCCCAAGACAUAGUGCAGAAGUGGAACCAACGAGGAACUCAGGCUAUCCAGAACAAUAUAUUCUACCAACACACGAACAAGAUACAGUGCAAUUUAGUAGUCUUCCACGAUCAAAAAACAUGAGAAAUUCAAAUGACAGACAAAGAACAAGUAAAUACAGGCUAAGAUCUUCAAGUUGUGAACAGUUAGAUUCUUACAAUUUGAACUCAGCUGUGUCUGAAUCACCAAGGAGAAGAAGUGUGGAUCAGGGUGGAGAUAGACCAUAUGACCUUGCCAAACCUCAGGCACCUUUUCAAAAUCUUCACAAUUUUAGAGGUAGCAUGGAAAUGAUAAAUGAUGAUAGGAGAGGAUCCAUGGACCACUAUUACAAUAUAAAUGGACUAAAAGGAACUGUUGAUGCCAGUCCUAAUCCUUCUGUGGGUGAAGUAAGAAAGAGAUUUAAUGAUGGGGCAAGGGAGGAUACUCUUACUAGAUCUAUAUCAAAUCCUAACUUCAUGCAGAUCAGCACUAAAGACAAAUUCACUGAUGCAAAAGCAUACCCCAACAAGCUAGACAGUAAACGUAAGAGUAAAUCAUUGUUGAACUUGUUCAGAAAAUCUCGAGAUGUGAAGGAUAGGAGAAGUGUUGGGAGCAGUAGUAAUCCCAGCAGUCCUGUUGGAACACUAACGAGACAGACCAGCAUCCCACUCAUAAGCAUAGGGGGAAAAGAAGUCUACUUCACAGAGAGGUCCCGCUCAUUUAGAAAACCCAAGAACAAAGGCACAGAUAGUACAGAGAAUACCCCACCCAGCAGUAGACACAACAGUUACUCUAAAGUAUCAGCUGUAUCCAACAGGGAUCUGCCUCCAUCUGGAAGUAGACAUAGCAGUGCAUCUAAAUCACCUGCUGUAUCCAAGAAAGAUCUUCCACCCUCUGGCAAUCGAUUUACAAAAUCACCUGCAGCAAAUCGUAGAGAUCUUGUCAAUGCAGUGUCACCCCCACUACGGAAGCGAGAAAGAUCUUCCUCCUAUGUAAAUGUUGCACAUACUCGCUCGGGCAGUGAUAUUUCUAGUAACACUGGUAGCAACAGCAUAAUCCACAAUAGAUCUGGCAGUGACAUAGGCAGCAGCAGUGUAGGAAGCAGGCAUAGCACAGAAAUGAGGCGCCAGUCAUCAAGCAGCAGCAGCAAAGCUGAAACUGUCUGCUGAUUGGUUAAAAAAAUUAAAUGUUUUUAAACACAUUUACAGUAAAAAAAAAAAUUGUGUUUAAUGUUGUCUAAUUAGUAUUAACAUUGUCACAUGAAAUAUAGCAAAAUCAAAAGUUUAUACCUUUCUUUUUAUGUAUAAUUGUUUGUCUUUGUAUACACAUAUAUCUAUCUCUUUCUUGCCCAUUGCUGUAUCUCAAUAUAUACAAAUUUUAUUGUACAUGUAUGUGUAAUUGUACAUACAUUUUUGAUAUUGUAUUGGUUCCCCAUAAAAUGGGGUUUUGCUCACUAGCAACGGAAUAUGGAAUGUGUACAUAUGUAGAUCAAUAUAUUAAAAAAACCAACAGGAGAACCGGUACAAGCUAUUGAAACAAAAGUUCUUUUGAGCUGACAUCCCUUCAAGUGAAUUUUGGUUUGGUUUUUUUAUUAAUCUCCUCUUAGAUUUUGUAUACAUUUGUGACUAAAUAUUUGGUAUUUUAAUGAGUAAAAUAUUGUUUUCUAAUGUGGUAGAUGUGUAAUACAGGCUAAGGCAUAAUGUAUUGUGUUCACAGAGGUUCAGUAGCAGCAAGUCCCUGUUAUGUAUGAAUAUUAAAACAUCAUGUUUAUCCAUUGUUAUAUAUAGUGUAAUAUAAUGGGUGUUUAACACCCUGUCAUUGUUGACUGAUUUAAGAAGACUAGUGGUUCCAUUGUGUCAAAGGAAUAGCAUAGUAUGCAAUUAAUUGUUGUCAUUUAUUUUAUAGGAAUCCAAUUUAUGGUACAGACCAACACAUAAUGGUAACCUAAUGUUGUUGGAAUACAGGGUUGAGGGGGCUGACUGUCAGUUAUCUGGCUCUAAUGAUUGGUGGAUUUCAAUAUUCAUCCAAAACCUGAAGGGUGAAUAUAGACACAACCCGGGUUAAAUUUCUGUACACCCCUGAUUAGACCUAGAUAACUUUAUUUCCAAAUAACAAAUUUCUUUCCUCUAUGUAACAGAUUUCCACUGUAGUAAGAUGUGCAUGUGUAUGAGAAAGUAAGCUUUAAGGUGUAAUCAAAAUAUUACCAUUGGGAAUCACGAUCACCAGCUCGGGGGACAGUUAUGUACCUCCAGUUUGUUGACCACUCAGUAAUCCAGGAUGCAUCAUUCAUUGAAUGUAGGAGAAACAUUAACUCUUUUACACUAAUUAUGAUUAUGUGUCAGCCUGAAUACAUUUUUCGUUUAUUGUAUAUAUAUUUUUAUAGGUUUACUUACAUAAUACCAGUACUUGUAAUUUCCAUUCAGGUACCAAUGUGCAAUGAGCAUGAUAGUCAUAAUUUACCCAUUUCAUUGUUUCUUAACAGCCAGUGUAAUGAUAAUUAAUGUUGAGAACACAUUUUCAUUUCAAUUUUUUUUUAUUUCAACUCUUAAAUGGCAAUUUAUACAGAGUAAUGAUGAGAACGAUUUCUUUUAUUGAUUGUUUUAUCUUGUGUAGUGGUCUGCUAGUGGAUAACAAAUUGGUGGAUGGAUAAAUCGAUAAGUAAUUAUCAUAAUGAGCAGUAAAUCUUAACAAUAAAAUUAAGCCCAGUGAUUGUUUAUGAUAUGUAGAUGAUAUGUAGAAUGUUAUUGAUGGAUUGGUGUUAUUUGAUUGGUUUGCAGUCAGUUUUACUUUUACAUGUGACAUUUACAUCAUUUACUUCACAUUAAAGGGGCAUUGGCUGUGAAAGUGAUGGCAACCUUUUUUUUCUUCUCAAACUCUCUCAAUGGCAUGGGAAUAUAUAUAAAUGACUAAUAAAACAUUUAUUUUGUACAAAAACAAGAAAAACCUGAUAAAAGUACAUUAGAUAACAGCUUUUAGUGUAAAGAAAUAUAGAGGAAAGAAUAAUUGUCUUGCAAGCCAAUAAUUAUUUAAUUAAGUCUAGCAAGUCAAUUCUAUUAUCUAUUCACCAGAAUUACAUAUUUAUGUGCCUGCUUUGAGAUUUAAAAGUGUUUUAAAUAAUGGUGUUAUUACUGAAAUAUAUAAUAUAGAGCAUAUUUUCCUUGAAUUCAAUUUUUGGUGACAAAAUGACAGCUAAUGCCCCUUUAGAUAAUGUAUACUUUUGUACAUGCAUUUUAAACUAAGCAAUAUUUUUACCACUGGAAGGAUUGUCUUUUAUUUUGGUUGAGUACAAUACAUUUUUUAGGUUGUAUCUGUGCCUGCAUCAUUAUCAUUUUUAACUUCUCAGAAACAGCAUGGACAAUUUCCAUUGAAAUUACUUUGGGUUAGGUGAACAAAAAUUAUAGGACUGAAACCUGAAGAAAUGGUACCAUCUUUAAAAGUCUACUCUCCUCCUGAGAACCUGCCUUAAAAACUGAGAACCUGCCAUAAAAACUGGGUCCAUAAUAUAAACUUGUGAAAUGUGUGGUCCCAGGGUCAGGCUAUAUGGAUAAUACAAUGUAAAUACAUUGCAUUUUAAAAAAUCUUUUCUACGGUACUCCAGAACAUUUAAGAAACAAACUAGAUGUAUAGUUAUAUCGAGCAUAGAGGCCUCUGUCAAAUUUGUGAAAUUCAAGGGUCAUGUUCCAGGCGGGGGCUACAAUAUUUAUAUCUGUAAAAAUCUUUUCUCCCUAACAAAAGACUGUGUGUGUAGUGAUGAUGAGCAUGAAGGCUAUUUCAGAGGAGAUCUUAUUGUCAAAAUGACUCUGAAUAUCUAGCACUCAAACUGGGUGAAUGGAUAAUGAGCAUGGAGGUCUAUAUCAAAAUGGUGAAAUUCAUAACCUCAAAGUUCCAGAGUGGGACUCUGUGGCUCAUAAACUGAAAAUGCAUGAUGAUAUCUUUUGAAAUACUCUUUAUUUCUAAACAUCUGUCGCAUACUUUGCACAAAUUUGCUUAUAACUGUAUAACGUGUCAUGACCCUGAAACAAGGUCAAGGACAAUAUAUAAGAAAUAAAUUUUGAAAUGUUUCCGCGAUAUUUCUUGAAUGCACUGUCUAAUGAUAUUUACAAAUAAAAUAAUUAUAGUUUAAACUGAAAAAAAUGUCAGGACCACAGCUUAGUAAAUUAGCGUUUCAUGCUUGACGUAAAGUUUACUUAUGACCAAAAUCAGGAGAAUUAAUCAUCCUUUUUUGCCAUCGGUACAUGCAUUUCUCGGGAGUUUUAAAGAUUCAACACCUCUAAUUUAUGUUCUGCUUUUUGUGAUACUUGGUUGACAGUUAAAAAUGCCCAUGGACAUUUUGUUGAUGGCAUACUUUGUUGAAUUUGCCUGAUGGAGUAUUUUGGAGAAAAUCUUAUAUGAUUAAUUUUGUUUAAAGUUGUUUAUAAGUUUGUAUUUUAUAAGUUUGUUUUAAUUCAUCAUAUAGUUUAUUAUUUAUGAAAUGAUGAACACGUCUACUCUUACUUAACUACUAUGUGUAUGAACAAAUUUGAUUUCAUCUGUUCUUGUAAAUGAUUUUUUUUUAAAAUUAUUAUUGCCAAUUUUGGACAGGUCAUUUAUUUUUUUACGUAAAUUAGGAGGAGCUUAUGGUAGGGCACUUUGAUGUUUGAGUGAAUGUUUGUCUGCAGUACGAAAGGCACUGAGCAUGAUAAUGUCAUCUGAAAUAAUACUGUACUACACUGUGGCAUUAGUACUCACUCAGGAUUGGCUUAAUUACACUCUGAUAACAUCAUGAAGUAGUAUUUCUAUCAUGUAUGAUAAUUAAUAGAUAUAUGGGAAAUCUCAUAAACAUUUUAAUUACAGACGUUUUAAAAUGGUAAGAACAAAACUAUUAAAGUUUGGUUUUAACAUGGUUGGAGACCAAACAUGAUUUUCUAAAACAUUUUUUUUUUUUUACAGAUGGUUGUUUAAAGAAAUGGUAUUCAUUAUUGUCAUUAGAUACUAUUAAAGUUUGUUUUUAACGUGGUUGGAGACCAAACAUGACUUUUUAACAGAUGGUUGUUUAAAGAAAUGAUACUUAUUAUUGUCAUUAAAUGACGUUCUCUUGCUCUCCUCAGAUAGCACAUAGUGUGAAAAAUAGCUUACCACUGUUCCUGUUUGUAAUCCUGUAACAUUAAAAAAAAAUCAAUUGUCAAACAAAACUUAGAUGAAACUGCAGAUUUUAGAAUUAUUAAUAGUAUACUAUAGUUUCCUUACUUAUGCUUUUAAAUGUUUAUGGUUGUUAAUUUUACAAAAUAGCAAUUAAAUACCAAAUUUACA